AUGGCGGAGCGUGUGCAGCAGCCACCGGCCAAGCGGCUCUGCUGUCGACCGGGAUACAACGCAGCUUGCAGGCAGGGCCAGCGGGCCGCGGGGGCUCCGUGCGGCGGCUCCGGUGCCGCGCAGGGCGACGCGACCCAGACGCGGCAACCGGAGACGCUUCUGGACAUCGCGGCGCGGCGCGUUGCGGAAAAGUGGCCGUUCCAGCGGGUAGAGGAGCGCUUCGAGCGGAUCCCGGAGCCCGUUCAGAGGCGCAUCGUGUACUGGUCGUUCCCGAGGAGCGAACGGGAGAUCUGCAUGUAUUCAUCGUUCAACACCGGCGGGGAGGAGAUGGGGAGUAGCGGCGGCGGGGAGAGCGGCGAAGAGACGCGGCUGCCUUUCCGACGCGGCAUCGCGCUGCUGGAGGGCGGCUGUGUGGACUGCGUGCUGCAAGUCGGGUUCCACCUCAGCGGCACAGUGAGAGAACCGGCCACGUCCUCGGAGCCCGAGCUGCUCUGCAACGUCAGCGUCAGCUUCGACCGCUGCAAAAUCACCGCGGUGACAUGCAGCUGCGGCAACAAGGACAUCUUCUACUGCGCCCACGUGGUGGCGCUCUCGCUGUACCGAGUACGGAAGCCCGAGCAGGUCAAGCUGCGCCUGCCCAUCUCAGAGACUCUUUUCCAGAUGAACAGGGAUCAGCUGCAGAAGUUCGUCCAGUACCUGAUCACGGUGCACCACACCGAGGUGCUGCCGACGGCGCAGAAGCUGGCCGACGAAAUCCUGUCGCAGAACUCGGAGAUCAACCAGGUUCACGGAGCUCCAGAUCCGACGGCGGGCGCCAGCGUGGACGACGACAACUGCUGGCAUCUGGACGAGGAGCAGGUUCAGGAACAGGUCAAGCUCUUCCUCUCCCAGGGCGGGUACCACGGCUCGGGGAAGCAGCUCAACUUACUGUUCAGCAAGGUGAGGGAGAUGCUGAAGAUGAGGGACUCCAACGGAGCUCGCAUGUUGACGCUGAUCACAGAGCAGUUCAUGGGCGACCCCAGACUGGCGCUGUGGAGGCAACAGGGAACCACCAUGACUGACAAGUACAGACAGCUGUGGGAUGAACUAGGAGCCCUGUGGAUGUGCAUCGUGCUGAACCCCCACUACAAACCCGAGCAGAAGGGUUUCUGGCUCCGACAGCUUCGGAGGUGGAACGGCGUGGACGUCUGCCCCUUGGAGGACGGUAACCAUGGCAGCGAGCUGACCAAUCUGACCAACGCUCUGCCCCAGGGCCCUCCAGGCAACCCAGAUCCACUGACCCGGCCUCACCGGACCGUGUUCACGAGGGCGAUCGAGGCCUGCGACCUGCACUGGCAGGACCCCCACCUGCAGCACAUCAUCACCGAGGACCACUACGCCAACUACUGUUACCACGACAACCUCAACAGCUCCCUCUUCGACGCCCGAGGGUGGCCCCUGUGGCACGAGCACGUCCCGACGGCGUGCGCCCGAGUGGACGCACUGAGAUCACACGGUUACCCGAAGGAAGCACUCAGGCUCGCCAUCGCCAUCGUCAACACACUGAGGAGGCAACAGCAGAAACAGCUGGAGUUCUUCCGCACGCACAAAAAAGAGCUGCUCCAUAAAGGCAUAACAUCGGUGACCAACAUGGAGGGCUGGGUGGGCCACCCUCUGGACCCCAUCGGCACUCUGUUCAGCACCCUGAUGGAGACGGGGCGGGGCAGCGAGGACGGAGGCUCCGCACACCUCGACUUCUCAGGCUCGGGUUCAUGUAGGAGGACGGAGCAUCCUGUGGUGUCGGCGGAGCGUUUCCUGGAGGAAGGCGAGUCGUUCUCGUCUCUGGCGGCGGAGACGGCUCUGAUUGGCUUAGGGCAGCAGAGGGCGAUGCCCGACGGCCUCUACGCUCAGGAGAAAGUGUGUCGCAACGAAGAGCAGCUAUUGGCCAGGCUCCAGGAGGUCAACUUAGACGACGCGCUGGUGAAGAUCUUCAGGAAACAAGCCGCUUUCAUGCUAGAGGCUGGUCCUUACAGCGGUCUGGGCGAGCUGCUCUACAGAGAAAGCGUCCCCAUGCACACUUUUGCCAAGUAUCUGUUCACCUCCCUGCUACCUCACGACGCCGAACUGGCGUACAAAAUUGCACUGAGGGCCAUGCGGUUGCCAGUCCUGGAGUCCACCUCCCCCUCCGGUGACUUGUCUCGGCCUCACCACAUCGUGUCGGUGGUUCCAAACCGCCUCCCCCGCUGGUUCACUCUCAGCCACAUAGAGACCCAACAGUGUGAACUGGCCUCCACCAUGCUCACUGCUGCUAAAGGCGACGCUCGUAAACUGCAAACAGUGUUAGAGUCCAUCCAGAAGAACAUCCACUCCUCGUCACACAUCUUCAAACUGGCCCAGGACGCCUUCAAAAUCGCCACGCUGAUGGACAGCCUGCCCGACAUCACGCUGCUCAAAGUGUCUCUGGAGCUGGGUCUCCAGGUGAUGAGAAUGACGCUGUCCACUCUGAACUGGAGGAGGAGAGAGAUGGUUCGAUGGCUGGUCACUUGUGCUACUGAAGCUGGUGUGUUUGCGUUGGACAGCAUCAUGCAGAGCUGGUUCACCCUCUUCACCCCCACCGAGGCCACCAGCGUCGUGGCGAGCACCGUUAUGUCCAACAGCACCAUCGUCCGCCUGCAUUUGGACUGCCAUCAGCAGGAGAACCUGGCCAACUCCGCCCGCACCCUGGCGCUGCAGUGUGCCAUGAAGGACCCCCAAAACUGUGCCCUCUCGGCCCUCACGCUCUGCGAGAAGGACCACAUUGCCUUCGAAACGGCCUACCAGAUUGUACUGGACGCAGCCGCCACGGGAAUGAACUACACACAGCUGUUUACGAUAGCGCGCUACAUGGAGCACCGCGGAUACCCCAUGAGGGCGUACAAGCUAGCCACGUUAGCCAUGACUCACCUGAACCUCAGCUACAACCAAGACACGCACCCGGCCAUAAACGACGUGCUCUGGGCGUGUGCGCUCAGCCACUCGCUGGGGAAAAAUGAACUGGCUUCGGUCAUCCCCCUGGUGGUGAAAAGUGUGAAGUGCGCCACCGUCUUGUCGGACAUUUUGCGGCGGUGCACGCUAACGACGCCGGGCAUGGUGGCGCUGCACAGUCGCAGGAACUCUGGGAAGCUGAUGCCUCUGGACAAGGCUCCGCUCAGGCAGCUGCUGGACGCCACGAUCGGGGCCUACAUCAACACCACGCACUCUCGGCUGACGCACAUCAGCCCACGCCACUACAGCGAGUUCAUCGAGUUCCUCAGUAAAGCCAGAGAGACGUUCCUGAUGGCGCACGACGGACACAUCCAGUUCACGCAGUUCAUAGACAACCUGAAACAGAUAUACAAGGGCAAGAAGAAACUCAUGAUGCUCGUUCGAGAAAGAUUUGGUUGAUCCGACAACCAAAUAGCCCUUUUUUUUUUUUUAUACAUCCUCUCUAACUUGAAGUGAAAAUCCUCCUAAAACAACAUUCAUGCAAAUCUUAUUCCUAUGAUUUGCCACUGCGAGGUCGAAUGUGAUGAUGAACACAAUUUUCUGAAGGGAAAUGAUGAGACUGUGACGUGGAAAUAUUCCCAUUCAUUCACACUCGUACCAAGCAGUUGCACUGACUAACUGGACUUCACAGGAAUACGAUACGAAAUGUGUUUUAGGGUCAAUUUUCUCGUUUGAACCUGAAGGAGAAAAAGAAAACACUGUUAAACCAUAAAGAGGAACAGCUGGUAUUGAUGUGUAUAAAACCAUUAAGUUUGCAGAAGGAGUCAAUUCGUGGAAGUUCGUGUGUUUCCCUUUAUAUAUGUAUGAAAGCGAGAGAGUAAGAGUUUUACACUGAGUAUAUUAAACUGUAUUGUCCAGUGGCAAAAUGUCCACCUUGCACCUCCUACUUCCCUCAGCUAACGUUCAACAGCCUCAAAGAAGAAGACAAACGGCUUUAAACCAAAUGGAGAUGCUCCAUCUGAAGUGACAAGUACCUCUUUUUAAAAGGAUCCAGCUUUACUCUUGCCCCUCCGAGUCCUCGCUCAUCUGCUCUGUGAAGUUCACAGUCAGAGUUCCAUAUUUGUUUUCAUCUUCAGGCUGAUUGCUUUGGCUUUGCAGUGUUGUCUCAAACAUUCAGUAUGCUUCGUUUUCUGUCACAGAAACACAAAAACAAACUAUCUUGUGGAAAACUGUCAACAUACAUUCUCAGGGAUUUCUAAAAAAGAAAAGCAGACAAAAAAAACAAACAAAAAGAGAGAACAAAAGCAUUUUAUUGUCCUGUAUAUAUGAAAGUAUAUGUCUGAAUAUUGAAAAAAAAUGUAUAUGUUAACUAAUUUAUGACAGAAUAUUCUAUGUAAGGCACAAUACUUGAAGCUGCAGUACUUUUUGAUUUUUGAAACAGACAAAAAAACAUAUCAGAAGGACUCAAAAAAACGUUCGCCUUGCAUUGCAUCAGGGGCCAAUUCAAAACAGAAGGACAUUUUGGGCUCUGCAGACAUGUAAUGAACUGUAGAAACCAAGACAGGAAGUGGACAUGCAAAGUGUGUAUUCUCUUGAACACAGAAGUGUAUUGAGGAUUGUAGGAGUCAAGAGAAAGAGACUACUGUUGAGGCAAAGCAGCGACAACAAACGGCUGCGGUGUUCAAGUGAAAUCUGCCUUUGUGUCUCCUUCUGCAGUGAUCCAGUCACAAAAAAAAUUCUGUUUUAUGUCUUCUGACAUCCCAACUGUGCAGGACGAAAGUUGCUCUUUAAUGUCGAUCUUGACUUUUCCAUUUGUUAUUUCUUCCUCCUCUUCAAUUUUUCUCUAGAAUCUCUCACACAAGAACAGCCUUCUUUCUUGCCUUGUCUUAAUGCUUUAAAAUAACCAAAUGGGAGUUCUAACUACCAAACUUUUCUCAUACGCCAAUACAACUUUGGUUACAACCCUUUUUUUUUUUUUUUUGUAUUGUUAAUUGUUUUUAGCUGAACUGUAUUCUGUGCUUAAAGCUCAAUUUCUUCUGUUUUUCAGUGUCGUCUCUUGUUAUUAGCUCUUCUUUGUUUGGAAAUAUGCUCCCAUUUUAUUUAUUAAGUUAGGUAAAUGAUUGUACAACCAUGUCAACAUGCUCAUGAAGUUGAAACUAAGAUUUGAUACACUGAUCGAUUUAUUUAUGUAACUAAAUCACUGUUUUAUAAACUUGUUAAUGAAUCAACAUUUUGUUUUAAUUAAAUUCGUUUUUU